AUGCACAACAAUAGUUAUAUAGAAAAAGAUAAAUUUAUAUGUCUAAAUAAUAAUGAUAACAACUAUAUAAUAAAAAAUGACACCAGUCAUAAUAUUAGUAAUACGUUAACAGGUGGUUCUACCCCUAUUAACCAGAAUAAUGUCAUUUGCAAUAGUAACAAUAUUAGCCUGAACGACAAUAAAAAUAGUGAUAGUAACAAUAUUAACCUGAACGACAAUAAAAAUAGUGAUAGUAACAAUAUUAACCUGAACGACAAUAAAAAUAGUGAUAGUAACAAUAUUAACCUGAACGACAAUAAAAAUAGUGAUAGUAACAAUAUUAACCUGAACGACAAUAAAAAUAGUAAUAAUAAUAAUGGAGAUAAUGGGAAAUUAGACAAUCCUGAGCCCGAAAUUAACCCAACUGAAAAAAGUGAAAAUGCCCAAAAAAAUCACAUCGAAGCAUUAAGAAAGCUAAAAUCAAACCCUGAAAUAAAUUUGAAAAGAGGAGAUGAAAUAAGCAAAAACCCAUGCUUAUUCAUUUAUGACAAUUUAAUAUUAAAAAAAAAAAAUGAGAAAGUGCAAAAUUGUAUAAAUAAAUUGUCUAUGAAUGCCUUCAACUUAUAUUUUCCCAAAAGUUCAAAUAUCUACAAUCAAAUGUCUAUGGUUUUAUCUUUGUUAAAUGGGGAUGUCGACGAUAUUUUAAUUUCCCUGAAAUAUUUGAUUGAUUAUUUUGAUAAAAUAAAUUUUUUGAUAGUAAACAUUUUAAAUAAAUUAAAAAAAAGGGAAAAAAUAAAAAAUAAUCAAGUUAUUACACAUUUAAUUGAUUUUAUACUAAACAAACUUUGUGAGAAAAACAUAAAUUAUAAGUAUAAUAAAACAAAUGUUUUAGACUUUUACGAUAAUUUGAUGUCUCCUGGAACUUCCUUUUUCGAAUCUGGAAUAAAGAGUGAAGCUAUCAAUCUAAAAGACCUGAGACUUAUUUAUUUUUACAAGCAUGAUAUAAAAGUCAAAAAAGAAAAAAGUUUCAUCCAAAAGAAAAUCAUAGAUAUAAAUAACAAUAAAGACAAUUUAUUAAAUAAUUAUUUUAUAGACAAAGAUAGAAAUAUUCAUGACUUUGUCAUAAAAAAUAGGGAAUAUGAAUCAAAUUAUAAUAAAUAUUUAAAAAAAAAACAACGUAUAUUAACUGGUGAAAUACCAGUACCAAAUAUAUGUAUAGGUGUUAAUGAAUCUUUUAAUGAAAAAUCCAUAUUUGAUUUUGAAUAUUCUGAUAUGUUUUCAAAAAAAAAUAAAAAUCCUAAUGAUAUUAAUAAAUAUGUUAAGAAAUAUAUAAAAGACAAAACGAAAUGCAGCCAAACAAAAAAUAAUAUUUGCAAUUGCAUUACAAAUAUUAUUGUAAGUAUAGACAAUGAUGCAAAACUCCGGACCCAUGUUAAUUUAGCAAAAAAGGAAACAAAAAAUAUUAAAAAUAUUUUAAUUAAGAUAAGGAAAAUUGAAAAUUUAGUGGAUAGGAUUAUUAAAUAUGAUAAUGAAAACCAAAUUAUAUAUAACCAUGAUAAGGAAGAGGAUGAAUCGGAAAAAUCAGACCUGUCGGACGAGGUGAAUGACAAACAAGGGAAUAUAAAAUCUGGCAAUUUCAAUUGUAGUAGCAAUAAAAUAGAUGCCCAUGAAAGUUUUCAAGAAAAAAAUUAUGAGAAGAUAAUAGAGAGUGAAACAAGCAAAGAGGCUGAUAAUAAUGAAGCUGCCAAAACUUGUAGAGAAAUGUGUGCCGAUGAUCUUAAAAUGGAAAAUAGUGAUACAAAUAAAGGAGUUAAAAAUUUUUCUAACAUAAAUUUGAAAGAAAAAGAGAAAGAAAACAGUUUAAUAAAUUGCUGCACAAAAGAAGAAAAUAAUAAAUUUAGUUUAAAUAAAUCUAGUGACAUUUUUAAAAGAACAUUUUCUGAAAUAUAUUCAUCAGAAGAAAGAAAGAAAAUGAAAAAACAAAAAACAAUGAACAGUUAUGAUAAUGAAAGUGAUAAUGAGAGUGAUGAAAGUAUAAAAACGUAUUAUUGGGAAAGUCUUGAUUUUAAUUGUGUUUUUUUGGGUAGUGUAAAGAAGGGCUCAUGCAGGCACAAAUCCCUCCUUUUUAAGGUUCUCUGUGACUCUGUGGGGAUCCCCUGUAGAUUUAUUCGUUAUGUUAAAAAUAGAGAAAUUCUAUAUUAUAACCUUGUCUUAAUUCCAUCUAUUCCUGCCCAAAAUGUGAUUGAAAUUAUUAUUCCGAUUUUUUGGGACAGAAGAAUAAAAACAAAAUUAAAUAUUAGUGGAUACAGCAAACUAUCUAUUUCAACCUUUUUAAGCAAUAUAAAAAUUAAUUUUAGCAACAUUGAUAAGUUUUUCCUAAAAAUUUGGGGGAAUAACACUGAGUUUAUAAAUAUAGACGAUUAUUUUACAUUGAAAAAAAAGCUCGGAGUAGGUGGGUUUGGUGAAGUAUGGAGUGUAUCAUUAAAGAGUGAGAUGGAAGACAAUAGUUCUUUUUUCUUUUAUAGUAUAAAAAAAACUUCUCAUUUUGCUUUAAAAAUUAUGGAUAUAAACGAGUUUAAUUUGAAUGAGUCUAUUAUUAUGAGGGAAAAGGCCCACACAAAUGUGAUUAAUUUUUAUUGUGUAUUUAAAGGGUAUCAACUUCUAACAAAUAGACAACAUGAAGAAGAGAGGAAAGAGUCUUUUUGUUUUCUUUUGGAAUUAGCAGAUACAUCAUUGGAGAAAGUUUUUUCCGAUCAAAAUGUGGCAUACAAUUUGAAUUUUGUUCGACUAACUCUUAUGGAAAUAGCAAAUGUCAUGUCUUAUAUCCAUCAGAAAACACCAAAUAAUGAGUUUUAUAUUUAUCGAGACUUAAAGCCGGAUAACAUUUUAAUAAAGAAUAAAAAAAUGUUAUUAACCGAUUUUAACUUAUCAAGAAAAAUUGAUGAAGAUUUUGAAUAUCUAAUGAGUCAGUGUUGUGGGACUAAAGGCCAUUUGGCUCCUGAACAAAAAAGUCUCCUCUAUGAUCAAAAAAUUGAUAUAUGGGCAUUUUCUAUUAUUAUAGCAAAAUUUUUAAAGCAUAAAAAUUUUAAUUAUUUCUCUCAUGACAAUUACAAAGUGAAUCUAAAGCAUUUCGAGAUUCAAGACAAAUUUUUGAUAAAUUUGCUGCUCGUGUGCGUGGAUGAAAGCCCAUUCAUGAGACCCUCUUUUUCGGACAUAUAUAGGCUGCUAUUCGAUGAGGUUAUCCGAAAUGAGCUCGAGCAAUAUUAUAGAGAAAGAAUGUUGCAAAAUUUUUAA